UAUGUGUGUGUGUAUAUGUGUGUGUGUGAGAGAGAGAGAGAGAGAGAGAGAGAGGUAGCUGUAGGUAACAGAGCUCGGAGCAGGAAGUUGGUGUUGGAGAUGGGCUGAAAUCCACCGAGGCGCGGACGCGGAGCGGCUUUUCCCAGCGAUUAUAAACUCUUGUGAUGCUCAGACCCAGCUAUGCCUUACGUGGAUCGGCAGAACCGUAUCUGUGGCUUCCUGGACAUCGAGGAAAAUGAGAACUGCGGCAAGUUCCUGCGCCGCUACUUCAUCCUGGACACACUGGAGGGCAGUCUGGUGUGGUACAUGGACAACCCGCAGAACCUUCCAGAAGGAACCCCGUGUGUCGGCUCCCUCAAGCUCACGUACAUCUCCAAGGUUAGCGAUGCGACCAAACUGCGACCCAAGGCAGAGUUCUGCUUCGUGAUCAACGCUGGAAUGAGGAAGUUCUACCUGCAGGCCAACGACAAGCAGGACCUGGUGGAAUGGGUGGCUGUUCUCAACAACGCCACCAAAAUCACGGUGCCGAAGUCAGGCGAUCAGAGCGGGCAGAACCCAGCGGAGGCUUGCGUGGAGGUCCUGGGUGCCAUGAAGCAGGUCUCCUACAAGACCGAGAUCAUCGGAGGAGUUCCCAUCAUCACCACCACGCAGGAGAAGGGCGAAGGGCAGAACGGGGCAGAAAGAGGGGCACUGAGGAAGCCUCACGGCCAGGUGCCCUACUACCUGAGCCGAGCCACCCAGGACCAGUCAGUGGUGAAGGCUGGCUUCUGCGUGAAACAGGGGGCAGUGAUGAAAAACUGGAAGAGACGAUACUUCAUGCUGGACGACAACACCAUCAGUUAUUUUAAAUCCGACCUGGAGAGAGAGCCUCUCCGUGUUAUUCCCCUGAAGGAGGUUACUAAAGUCCAGGAGUGUAAGCAAAGUGAUUUGCUGAUGAGGGAUAACCUCUUUGAGCUCGUCACUACCACAAGAACGUUUUAUAUUCAGACGGACAGUCCAGAGGAGAUGCACAACUGGAUCAAGGCCAUUUCCGGAGCGAUCGUAGCCCAGCGAGGCCCCGGCCGCUCCGCUGCUUCAAUGCGUCAGGCCAGAAGGUUCUCAAACCCUUGUAUUCAGAGGUAUACGUCCCGCAGUGGCGAACGCAGCACGAGCGCCGGGAAUCCCCCUCCAGCUUUUACUGCAGUGAACAAGGCCCCCCAGUCCCUCGCUCACCCAUCUCCACCGAACUCCACUUCCCAGAAUGCCACUUCCCCGCGGGCCAUCAGCAUGGCGUGGGACGAGCCGGACCUCAGCGGCCUCCUGCGGGGCAGCCCACGCACCCGACUGUCACUCCAGGAGGCUCCCCGCCUUUUUUUCAAGUAAGCAGUAGCGACACGAUAUCGCCCUGGGAACGGAGGAGCAGCGCAGAGAUUUGCCCACCUGCUGUUAAUGACUCUGACGAUCUGCAAAUCACAGAGGUGUAAAGACCUACGGUGGAGAAACAGCAACUAAAAUCAACAUGGACACGCCCACAUUGAGACGAAACACGGCACAGAUUGGUCAGUAUUGCCAAAGUGACCACAGGUCUGGAUGCGCAGUACAAAGUGGACAAAGUAAAGCAAUCAGAACUGUGACCGACUGGAGAGGACCUAGCACAACACGGUGGAUUUGCCCCUGAGGAUUAUGGGAUUCUGUGAUUAGUUCCCCUUUCGAGAGCGGAUAGUUAAGCCUCCACUCGAAGACUGUGGCAAACCGCCAGCUUGCCUGCGAUUGAACUGAGAGUUGGGAACUUUUUGGUUUUCCUUUUGAGCACAAACUCAUUGCCAGUCCGAAUGAAACCUUUUCAGAACUGAAGAAUUAGACUUAACCUGAGGAAUUUGGAAUUAAUUAAAUGAUUUAUCCUUCUUUUUCCCUCUUCACCUUCUUUCUCAUGGGGUACAAUUUGGUUUUCUCCUGUCAUGAUGUUUUAUCCUAAAUCAGUGUAUUGAACUUCCUUCUGUUGAACUGAAUGGAGCACUAUUUCGUGCUUUGUUUAAAUCAUUUUAAUCCUGUUUUUUUUUUUUUUUUUUUUUUUUUUUUUUUUUUUUUUUUUUUUAAAUGUUUUAGAAAGUUGUGUGUGAGGGCUUUUCAUUUCUGAGAGAACCAAAGCUUAACGAGAUAAUACCACUACCUAUAAGAGAAAAUAAUUUUGGAGAAGACAUAAUCGUUAUUAUAUUUGAAGAUCUAUAUACACACACUGACUUUAACUAUAGAGUUUAUUCUAGAGCAGAACUUGUCAGAAAAUCAAAAGGCAAACAUUUUUGUUUUCACGUUUUGUUGGUGGUUGACCAAAAGCACCAAAGUCUGUUGGAUACACAUCUGCUUCCUGUAUACACAACCAUGCGACACACUUGUUUAGGGUGCUGGGGAACGUCAUCGUGUCUUCACUGUGAAGUAUCACAGUGCUUAUUGUGAAAAUGUAAAGUUCUGAGAAUACGGACGUUCCACGGUGGUUAUUAGGGAUAUUUUCUUAAAAGAAUUUCAGACCUGCCAACCUUCAGACAUUUUGCGUAGGAGCACCACAUUCUAACAUCGGAAUACGCUGCUAAGAGUUAUCACUCACGUCACACUUUUUUUCUCCAAUAAAAAAGCAGCUGAGAUGAUGAGCCAAUCGACAUAUGAAUCUAGAAUGAUUGACGGUUGCGUAAGCAUUUUGAACUCUCCGAUAUUAACUGACGUAACUCCCCGGAAGCCCCGCCCCCUUCCCUCAUCUCACAUUAGUAAGGUGUUGUCGGCUCGACUCGAUUUUCCCGCUUGAAAGAUCCGCUUUGUUUUGAGUUCAUUAAUGUGAAAUAAAAUCUAUAAGUGUGUUCGAUUCAGCUAACAUUAGACACGUAAAUAAUUAACGUUAGUUAAAUACAGUAACCACCACGACGGGGGGACAAAAAGCACUGGUGGUUCCCGCAAAAUCCAGUUUCUUAGACAAGUGAUUUGUUGAAGUACGGGGGUUGGCAGGUCUGGAAUGUCGAGGAAUGUUGGAGAGCAAACUGUAAGAAGCACUUUUUCCUUGUGCUGACGAUGAGUGCUCCUGAUGUUACGAAAUGAUGGACUACUUACCCUAAAAUUUAAUGCUAACAAUGAAAAGCUACUAUAUUCUGCUUAGCAUAUUGUGAAUGAAACCACACUAACUCCACACUAAUGUUAGUCAUUGUUUCGAUGGCGUAUUCAUUUAAUAACCUCUCCAACUUGCCCAGUACCAACAUUCUAACUUCGUUUUGUUGUUCUGUGAGGAUUAUUCUUGUAAAAAAUUUUACCUGAUGUUGUAUCGUGGAAACGCGACUCGUGGGACGGCACGUCUGUCGCCCUGCGUCGUAGUCAUGUGUCAACUUGUUCACCCGUAAACUGCAUUGCACAAGUCCGCUGUUACAAGCCGUCUUAAGUGCCUGCAUACUUUCCUUAUGACGACAAGCUAAUUUUCAUUUCUCGACUUGUGUACCUGACAUUUGUAAAUCGUGUGCAUUUAUUUAUUAUGUGAAAGAGUUUGAAAAUUAAAACUGACCAAUUUUAA